AUGCGAAUCUCUGACGGCUUAUCAGGCACUGCAGUUGUUCCACAGAGUAUGGUGCAUCCCGGUACUUCGUUUACUUUCGCAUCUUCUGGAGGUCAAGGUCGAAGAUCUCUAGGCAGUGGUUAUGCGUCACCUGGUGCGAGAUCUGUUACCAGUAACGGAUCUGUGGAUCAUGUAGGAUGUCUUACAGCAGUUAGGAUGACAGCAGUAGCGAAACUUAAUCGUUAUUUUCGACGACUUAUUCGUUUUCAUCAGAUGGACUUUGAAUUUGCUCUUUGGCAGAUGAUUUAUUUGCUAAUCAAGCCUCAGAAAGUGUACCGGAACUUCAUGUAUCGCAAGCGAACAAAAGACCAGUGGGCACGUGAUGAUCCCGCUUUUCUUGUGCUUCUUCUGUCAGCUCUUGCUAUUUCGAGUAUUUUAUUUGCAUGGACUAUUCAACUUUCAUUUAUUGGCUUCAUUGCAUUUUUUUUAUGGGUCGUUUUCAUAGAUUGUAUUGGUGUUGGAAUUCUCAUUGCUACUAUUUUAUGGUUUGUGUCUAAUCGAUUCUUGAGGCGAGUUGAGGAUCAGGAUGUGGAAUGGGCUUAUUGUUUUGAUGUGCAUCUCAACGCAUUUUUUCCUAUGCUUAUGCUUCUUCAUGUUCUUUUGCCCCUCACGUUUUCGCAUCUGAUAGGCUUCGAUGCAUUUUUGCCGCGAUUAUUUGGUAAUACAAUUUGGUUUGUGGCUAUAGUUUACUAUAUAUAUAUCACUUUUUUGGGAUACACCGGUAUCUUGUAUAAUUUUUUGAUAGUUUUGAUGGAAGUUAUGAAACUUGUGGAUUGA